ACGUCACGCGCCAGCUAGUUCUCGGAACAAAAGCCGUCUGCGCGCUCCGCUCCUCCCCGCCGGAUACGACCGAGAAAACGCGGACGCGUUCGUUUUUAGCGUCAAAGUUUGUUUUAUAGGAAUUUGCGGCGUGACAUACGCUCGCAUACAGUGUAAAAGUGUAAAUCCCGGCGAGUGUUUUUGUCCGCGCUGAAGCUCCGAGGGAUUCUCGCGAGAGAGUUUGAGGCCUGAUAAAAGUCGUCCGGCUGACGUGGAUCCUCCUUUCAGUCCUGCAGUGAUCCGGAAGUGCUGCCGACUCCGCUCUGGACUUCUUCUUGUGCAUGGGACCGUGUCGUCUCUUCUGAUUGGCUGCCGCUCACCGGUCCGUCCUGCUCAUGAGGUAACCCCGGCUGUGGUUAUUGAUGCCCGUGGCUGGGCCGUGAUGGGGCAGAGGGUGUCGGGUGUGGUGAAAUCCGCGGAUGAGCCGGAGACGAGCGAGCUGGCGUAUCCGCCGGUGUGUGCGUCGCUCCGUAGCCGCGGCGUCCAGUUACCCGCCCGUCUGGAGCUGCUGUUGGACAUGCCGCCGGCGGGACCGGAAAUCCAGCUUCAGCACGCCUGGAACCCAGACGACCGCUCACUAAACCUCUUCAUCAAAGACGACUGGCUCACGUUCCACCGCCACCCGGUGGCCCAAAGCACGGACUGUGUGCGGGGAAAAGUCGGAUUUACCCGCGGUUUGCACGCUUGGACUUUGCGCUGGCCCGUACGGCAGCGCGGCACGCAUGCCGUAGUCGGGGUCGCGACUUCUUUGGCUCCCUUGCGAGCCGUCGGAUAUUCCGCCCUAAUAGGCGGUGAUGCCGAAGCCUGGGGUUGGGACUUGGGACGAGGUCGGCUUUACCACGACAGAAAGAGCCGGACUGGCCCGGCGCCGUCGUACCCGGAGUUUAUCGAGGACGAGGAGGACGAAGGGACGUUCUCAGUGCCUGAGGAGAUUCUGGUGGUUCUGGACAUGGACGAGGGGACGCUGGGAUUCUGCGCCGACGGGAACUACCUGGGCGUGGCGUUUCGCGGGCUGAAGGGGAAGAGGCUGUACCCGAUCGUCAGCGCCGUGUGGGGUCACUGCGAGGUCACCAUGACCUACAUCAACGGAUUAGACCCUGAACCCCUGCCGCUGAUGGAGCUGUGCAGGAGGGCGGCACGACAGGCUCUGGGACGCCACCGAAUCCAUCACAUCCAGUCUCUGCCACUGCCACAGACGCUCAAGAACUACCUGCAGUACCAAUGAGAGACACGAACACACAUACACACAGCUAAAAAAUCACCUACGUUCACUGAAAAUGCACUCAGAAAUGAUCUGCAGUGCUGUAUAAGCUUUGUGCUGUGCACAGACUUUGUGUCGUAGGGACGGACGCUACAGAUUUGAGCAGCCGGACGACGAGUAUCUGGUUUUAUACAUGAUUAUGAGGUGAGGAAUGAGAAGGUGUCUGUAUUUGUGUGUGAGAAUGACUCAAGUCUUCCAUGGAAAUAAUUUUCUUAUGAGCUGAUGAUUUUUGCUUUUUCUUUCACUUUUAUCUAAACACUAAGGACCUAGCUUUCUUGGACAUAAAUCCAACAUAAUUAUAUUAAACUAAUGCAUUUUAUUCCAGACAACAGGUUCUUAUUCUUUCACCAGUUUUAACUAAUACACAUCGCGCAGUGCCUGAGAUCUUUUAAAAUCUUUUUCUGUUCAUGUUUAUGAGUUUGCUUUCGUUUGUGUUCAUGACGAAGCUGAUUAAAUCAGUUUUCUGAUGUUUUUAGCGUAUAAACGCGGCUUUGAAAUGUGCCACGGCGUCUGUCAACCAGACUUUUUUAUAGAUUUGAUUUUUAUAUGAAAUGGAUGCUUGUCUUUUUCACGGAUCCAACAGAAACCCGCAAGACAGCAGACACGACUUUGUUCAUUCGUGACCUUUGAAAUGUGAAUAAAAAUAAAACUCCAAAGCCAAA